AUGGGAGAAUCACGGCAGGAACUCGUCGCAUGGCUCAACAGCCUGCUGCAGCUGAACAUGACCAAGGUCGAGCAAUGCGGUACGGGCGCUGCCCUCUGCCAGGUCUUCGACAGCAUCUUCCUCGACGUCCCCAUGUCGCGAGUCAAGUUCAAUGUCAACACCGAGUAUGCCUACAUACAGAAUUUCAAGGUGCUACAGAACACCUUCCACAAGCACCAGGUUGAAAAGCCGAUCCCAGUCGAAGCCCUCGUCAAGUGCAAGAUGCAGGAUAACCUCGAGUUCUUGCAGUGGGCCAAGCGGUUCUGGGACCAAUACUACCCGGGCGGCGACUACGACGCUGUUGGCCGGCGGAAGGGCGCACCCGUGACCGGUGGUGGCCCUGCCCCUCGCGCUGGAGCUGGAUCCGGCGCUGCGAGGAGAGGCACGACCCCGACUACCGGGCCUCGCGUCGCCGCUAGGGCUGGUGGCGGUGCUGCCAGCGCUGCGCUGCAGCAGGAGAACAACACCCUGAAGGAGACCGUCGUCGGACUGGAGCGCGAGCGGGAUUUCUACUUUAGCAAGCUCCGGGACAUCGAGCUUCUGGUCCAGCAGGCUGUCGAGGAAGACCCCGAGCUGGAGAAGCAGGAGGACGGCCUCGUCAAGCAGAUCCAGGCGAUCCUCUACUCGACGGAGGAGGGCUUUGAGAUCCCUGCCGAGGGAGAGGCCCUCGAUGACCAGGAAACCUUCUAG